GCGCCCCCGAGCCCAGAGCCGAGGAGAGCUCAACGCCCGAGCCGCUGCCGACGCCCGCCCCCGGCAGGGACCCGAGGUUGCCCGCAGCUGAAGCCCGAAAGCGUCCAUUGCGCGGAUCUGCCCCAGACGCGCCGAAGCGGGAGCGGCCGAGCGAGCGGAGCCGGGGUCCGGCCCCCCCGCGGCGCAGCCCGGCCGGCGGCCGGCGCGCCAUGACCCCGCUGCUGCAGACCAUCAAGUGCGUGGUGGUGGGCGACGGCUCGGUGGGCAAGACGUGCCUGCUCAUCUCCUACACCACCAACAAGUUCCCGUCCGAGUACAUGCCCACGGUGUUCGACAACUACGCCGUCACCGUCAUGAUCGGCUCGGAGCCGCACACGCUGGGCCUCUUCGACACGGCGGGCCAGGAGGACUACGACCGCCUGCGGCCCCUCAGCUACCCGCAGACCGACGUCUUCCUGGUCUGCUUCUCCGUGGUCCGGCCGAGCUCCUUCGAGAACGUGAAGCACAAGUGGGUGCCCGAGAUCACCCACCACUGCCCCAAGGCCCCCUUCCUGCUGGUCGGGACGCAGAUCGACCUGCGGGACGAGCCCUUCACGCUGGCCAAGCUGGCCAAGAACAAGCAGAAGCCCGUCACGCCCGAGAUGGCCGAGAAGCUGACCCGAGACCUCAACGCCGUGAGAUACGUGGAGUGCUCGGCGCUCACCCAGAAGGGCCUCAAGAACGUGUUUGACGAGGCCAUUCUGGCCGCCCUGGAGCCCCCGGAGCCCAGGAAGAGCCACCGGUGUGUGCUGCUGUGAGCGCCCGCGCCCGCCCGGCCCGGCCCGGCCCGGCCGCCCCGCUCGACGCGUGUGAACGCGAACCAAAGAAUUAUUAAAAGUUGCUUCUUUUGCACUGA